CACUCAUACGCACAGCAAGCGACAAAGAAUUUAAACCUGGACAGUGAUGGCUGUCUCGACAUUGAUAAAGGACUAGUUUCUGUCUCUAAACAGCAUAUCGGGUUAGCGUACAGAAAACACAGGAUAAAUCCAGUCUUCAAACUGACACUGCGCCCCGCCCACUUUCCAGGUUGCUAUGACGUCACAUGCCAAAGCGUUCAAGAUGGCGACGUAUCAAGCGGCCGGGACGGAAAACAUUCUCCUUGUCACCGAUUCUUACAAGGUGACCCAUCACAUGCAGUAUCCCCCAAACACAACUACAGUGUGUUCCUACUUUGAGAGCAGAGGUGGCAAGUUCCCCACCACUGUCUUCUUUGGUCUGCAAUAUAUCCUCAAGAGGUGGCUAGUAGGGCCAGUGGUUACAAGAGAAAAAAUUCAAGAGGCAAAAGAACUGUAUGCGCUUCACUUCGGCAGAGACAACUUCAAUGAAGAAGGGUGGAAUUACAUUCUCGAGAAGCAUAAUGGUUAUCUCCCUUUGCGGAUCAAAGCUGUUCCAGAAGGCACUGUUGUGCCAUACAAGAAUGUCCUAUUUGUUGUUGAAAACACAGAUCCCAAAUGUUUUUGGUUGACCAACUACUUUGAGACCCUGCUGGUACAGGUAUGGUAUCCCAUGACCGUCGCCACCAACUCCCGAUACCAGAAGGAAAUCAUCGCUCGGUAUCUGGAUGAAACCGCAGAUAAUCUUGAUGGUCUUCCGUUCAAACUCCAUGACUUUGGAUUCAGAGGUUCCACUUCAGUGGAGGCUGCUGGUAUUGGUGGGUGUGCCCACCUGGUCAACUUUAUGGGAACAGACACCAUCGCCUCUUUGAUGACUGCAAGAGUGUACUAUGGUUGCAACAUCGCUGGCUUCUCCAUACCUGCAGCAGAACACAGCACAAUCACCACAUGGGGCCGAGACGGUGAGCUCGAAGCCUUUAAGAACAUGUUGACCAAGUUUCCUGAAGGGGCCAUGGCGUGUGUGAGUGACAGUUACGACAUUUUCAAUGCCUGUGAGAAAGUGUGGGGCGAGGAUCUCAAGGAUGUGGUCAUUGAGAGAGGGAAGAAUGGCGGUGUACUCGUUGUGCGGCCAGACUCAGGCGAUCCCCCAACAAUUGUCGUCAAGGUAUUAGAGUCUCUAGGUAAGAAGUUUGGAUACACUGAGAACAGUAAAGGCUACAAGAUGCUGCCCCCAUGCAUCCGGGUAAUACAGGGAGAUGGCAUCAGCUACUAGAAGCUCGAGGAAAUCUUGAUCAAUGUGCGCAAACACAAGUGGAGUUCGGACAAUCUCGCAUUCGGCAGCGGAGGGGCUCUGUUACAGAGAUUGGACAGAGAUACACAGAAGUGUGCCUUUAAGUGUAGCUAUUCAGUAAUCAAUGGAAAAGAGGUGAAUGUGUUCAAGGACCCAAUCACAGACCCUGGGAAGAAGAGCAAGAAGGGCAAGCUGACGCUGCAGAUUCAGGACGGACAGUACGUCACAAUGACAGAAGGGAAGGGAGACCCCGCCAAGGACCUACUGGUGACAGUGUUUGAAAAUGGAAGACUUUUGAAGGAUUAUUCAUUCGAAGAAAUACGUAAAACUGCUGAAAUAGAUUUAGUGAAGAACAAGGCAUAAACAGAAGAGGUCUGCAUGUUAAUUAAAACAUUUGCAGACAAUGAUAUGCUUGUGUGACGUCCUUGACCCUGCCAAUAGUAUUGCUGUAUGUACGGAUUCCUCAGGACAGGAUUCCUAGCUCAAUCACCACUAGAGGGCAGCACUGAUGAAGGUGUGACAGUACAUCGCUGUCCCAGUAUCAACAUGAACAAUACUUAUACUCUUCUCGUCAAUCACCACUAGAGGGCAGUGCUGUGCAUCGCUGUCCCAAUAUCGACAUGGACAAUACUUAUACUCUUCUCAUCAAUCUGUCACCACUAGAGGGCAUUGCUGUACAUUGCUGCCCCAGUACUAACAUGGACAAUACUUAUACUCUUUUCUUCAAUCACCACUAGAGGGCAGUGCUGUACAUCGCUGUCCCAAUAUCGACAUGAACAAUACUUAUACUCUUCUCGUCAAUCACCACUAGAGGGCAGUGCUGUACAUCGCUGUCCCAAUAUCGACAUGGACAAUACUUAUACUCUUCUCAUCAAUCUGUCACCACUAGAGGGCAUUGCUGUACAUUGCUGCCCCAGUACUAACAUGGACAAUACUUAUACUCUUUUCUUCAAUCACCACUAGAGGGCAGUGCUGUACAUCGCUGUCCCAAUAUCGACAUGGACAAUACUUAUACUCUUCUAGUCAUUCACCACUAGAGGGCAGCACUGACAGAGGUGUGAGAGUUCAACUCUGCCCCAGUAUUGACAAGGACAGUCUUGUUAGCUUGUAUCACUAAAGAUAAUAGGUUUUAGGUUAUAUUUCUUUCACAAUCUAUCCAUCUUUGUUUGUGAUAAUGUUCACACAAUGUGACUAUGUAGAUGGCACAACUAAUGGCUUAGGUUUGUUCCUAAGCAAAAGUUGAGUAGUAUUCUUAUAAUGUACCAUUUACAUGUUGUAGUAAGUCCAUCUCUGAAACUUAAGCAAAACCAAUUAAUUUUUGCAUUCUGUGGUCAAGCUUACUCUAGAAAUUAAAAAAAUAUAAUAUAUUUUGAAAAAACAUUUUAUUGAAAAAGUGCAUCUUUGUAUGUAUCAUGAAAAGGUAUUUUCAAGAAAGGGUUUUAAUUUUAUAACCGUAUAUUUACCCUUUCAGUUUUGUUGUGUUCAUGUAUCUAUAUCUUCAUAUAUCCUGACACGUCUUGUACACAGAUGAUAUACCAGAGUACUAUUGAUACAUGUGACCAAAGGGUAGCCCAGUGGUUAAAGCGAUCGCUCGUCCCCCGAAGACCUGUGUUCGAUUCCCCACAUGGGUACAAUGUGUGAAGCCCAUUUCUGGUGUCCACACCAUGUUAUUGUUGGAAUAUUGCUAAAAGCAGUGUAAACCAUACACACUCACAUGUGACGAGAUCAGAUAGUAUAUGUCGCACCUCUGAUUGUUUAUAUUAGGCGAAGAAGGUUAUUUCUAUACUGCCCUCCAUAGUAGCAAGUGAUGAUGGUAUCUACAGCCAAUGUGUGUGUAUUACUGUAAUUAGUGGGUUUGUUAAUGAAUGUGUGCACUUGUGAUAGACGUUGAUGGAAGGCUGGUAGAAGUGACAGACUUUCUCACAAUCUGUAAUUAUAUCAUGAAAGCAAUUGGUGUCAAUCACUUGGAUUCUUUACCAAAGGAACGGUUAUCUGUACCAUGCAAAUAUAUUUUAGUCUUUAUGUUUGUAUUUAGAGAUUUUUUUGUUAUUGAUCUUCAAUAUGUAAACAAUGUCUCUGGGUCGGAAAGCUGGUGGGGUAGCUUAGUGGUUAAAGUUUUCGUUCAUCACUCCAAAGACCCGGGUUUGAUUCCCCACAUUGGUGAAAUGUGUGAAGCCCAUUUCUGGUGUCCCCUGCCAUGAUAUUGCUUGGAUAUUGCUAAAAGUGGUGUAAAACUAAACUCACUAACUCACUAAUCAUUGUAUGAAACCAUAUUGUCACUCCAGGGCUUCUGUAAAUACCUUGUUAUUGGAGAUUCAUUGAAAUUGUUAACCGUACUGGACCAAGUCACUGGAUGAACAUUGACGUAGUGCAAAACAAAUAGCAACUCCUGACAAUUUGGCAAUCACAAACUUUAUUCAUUGUGCUUCAUCAGAAUGCAGAAUCAAGGAAUUGUAGAAAUAAUGGGAAGAUGAUGUUUGUAAAAAGGAGAGCAGAUGGUUAAAAAAGAUUUGUGUGAUAUUGCCAUUUAUCACUGGUUUAAAAAGAUUUGUGUGAUAUUGCCAUUUAUCACUGGUUAAAAAAGAUUUGUGUGAUAUUGCCAUUUAUCACUGGUUUAAAAAGAUUUGUGUGAUAUUGCCAUUUAUCACUGCAGUGAACAUGGUCGGUCAGCACAGUAUCGCAGGCUUUUGUUUUGUUUUGACAUUAGUUUCGUGUUCAGUGUAUUCAUCUGCCGUGGUGGUCAGAUUUGUGAGCAAGUUCAGAUCCUCUGACCAUUUUACGGCAUCAGUUAUUCUUGUCAUGUAAUGCCUCGCUGAUAUAUAGGCUCAGCAUUCAUCAAUAUCAGAUGUCCGGAAUAGUAAUGGAUGCAUUAAGCCUGGAUACACAGCACCCCAGAUCCUGCCCUUGUCAGUUGUUGGUUCGAAUACAAGAUUCAUACUGGUAAAUGUGCUUGAUAACAGCUAAGGAGUUUCACUAUGCCCACUUAUCUGUUUCACUGUCAGGCACGCUGACUUGGUUGACACAUGUCAAUGUAUCUCAAUUGCGGAGAGCGAUGCUUAUGCUGUUGAUCGCUGGAUUGUCUGACCACACUUGAUUAUUUACAGACAGCCACCAUAUAGCUGGAAUAUUGCUGAGUGCAGCAUAAAACUAAACUCACUCACUUACUCACUAUUGGUUUCACUGUACCCAUUUAUUGGUUUCACCAGUGUGGUGGUUGGUUACAUGCCUUACUCCAGGCUUUUCUCCCCACACAUUAAACAGGCCACAAUUUCUUGAAAAAACUUAAGUUUUUACUCAAAUUUCAAACUGAGUUUGACAAUUUGAAACGGAUGAUUUUUGAACUCAACUGCAUUUGUUUAAUAAAAAAGCCCAAACAACUUAAGUAGCCUAUCUACCCAACUCAUAUUGUACACUAUGUUUGAGUGUAAUAUCGAUUUCAGUUCAUUCUGGGAAAGUCAUUUUCCUGCUCUUUCUCAAAUUUGAGUAAAAACUAUUAUUUAAGUCAAAACUCAGACUUAAGUUUGUUUUGAGAAAUCAGGGCCCUUAUUCUCGAAACGUUCGUAGCCCUAAGAAUUCUUAACUUUGAUCGUAGCCAAUGUGUUAAGAAUGGGCUUAAGAAGUUCAUAGAGCUACGAACGUUUCGAGAAUAGCUAGCCUGGGCCAGAUCUUUUAUAAAAUAACUAAUAACCUUAGUGACUUUUUUUCUUUUUGCAAAAAAGAUAAAUGACUGCCAUGACCUUGCCUUUCAGAUGAGUUAUGGUGUAGAGUACAAGAAGAGUAAUUUUGCCCAUUUGAUUUUUUGAUGAGAUUCAAACAGCAGUAAAUCAUCUGUUUUGCUUACACUUGUUACAUUUAGAUCUAUAUAUUGUACAAACCUUGUUAAUUACCAUUCCACAAUGUUACAGACUUUUGUUUUAGAUUUUACCAGUGCUUCUGGCAAUGCUGAUUUUGCACUCAUAUUACUCAAGUAUAUUGUACUCAGCCAGCAUCUUUAUAAUGACACCCAGUUAAAUAAUGUUGCUCAGAUGGAGAUUGGUCUGUCUCCAGGAAGGCUUCUGUGAAUGUAAACAGGACAACCUGAAAACUGAUGAUGUAUUAAAAAUGUUAUUUGUUGUCAUUUAUGACUGAGAGGACAAUCGUUUCAUGAGUUUGAUCUACUCUUUGUUUUCAGUUUAUAUUUUCACUACUUUUAUAGCAACCGCACGUAGUAUUUCCAUUGAGUAGCAGUAGUUCCAAAGGUUUAAGGCCAGAACAGGUUUCUCCUCUUAUUUACAGUGAAAUCAUACCAAAAAAUAAACACUGACCAGGUGGUAGAAAGUUUGUAGUUGUUUUUAGUGUUGUUAUAUUUCAUAGGUUUUAUGUGUGGUGGGGUAGCCUACUGGUUAAAGUGUUCAUCACGCUGAAGACCCGGUUCGAUUCCCCACAUGGGUACAAUAUGUGAAGCCCAUUUCUGGUGUCCCCUGCCUGGUGUCCCCUGCCGUGAUAUUGUUGGAAUAUUGCUAAAAGUGGUAUAAAACUAAACUCACUCAUUCAUAGUUUGAUUGUACUACACGAAAAAGGUUGAAAAACUCCACUCUUUAACUUAGGUUUGAGACUGAUUUUGGUAUUUUUGAAGUUCAUUUGCGGUUGGUGGGGCAUCCUAGCAAUUAAAGCGUUCGCCCAAGGCAAGGGUUCAAUUCUCUGCAUGGGUAUAACAUGUAAAUCCCGUUAUUGGUGUCAAAGUAUGAUUCCAACUCAGUCACUUGCUUUAACUUCUUUUGAGUACUAUGAAGUUUGCACAUUGCGGAACAUAGUGUACAAGUUGUGAGUGUUGAGCUUGAUAUUAGACAGGACAUAAAACUGGUCUGGCCUUAAAAAUAGUGCAUAGCGAAAGCAAGUUUGGUAGGAAUGAAGGUACACAGGUAGUAGACUUCUCCACAAUGGGACCAUUCCAAUAAUUCCAUCCUAGAGCUGUGAUAAUCCCAAGUCGUAUGUGUUAUCAGAAUAUAUGAUAUUCUGGGAGGAUUUGUGUCAGACAGGAUGUUAUUCCCAUAACUGCUUCGACGUUUUUCAACCAUGUGUCUUAGCCCAGUGAUGUACAACACGCUUGUCCUCCCAGAAUAUACAAUGACCGGUCCCUUGUGAUGGCGGCUACUCUGAAGUUACCAGAUGCAACUCCAUGUAUGCUAGACAUGUGACAAAUAAAUCGGCUUUUAAUAACAUUGUC